AUGGACACCGCUAUGUGUGUGUGUUCUCCGUGUUGCACCUGGCAGAGAUGCUGUCCCCGGUUAUGCUCCUGUUUGUGUUGCAAAUUCCUCUUCACUUCCGAGCGCAAUUGCACCUGCUUCCCCUGUCCCUACAAGGACGAGCGGAACUGCCAGUGCUGCCACUGCACCUGCGCCGAGAACCCCAACUGCCACUGGUGCUGCUGCUCGUGGGCCAAUGACCCCAACUGCAAGUGCUGCUGCAUCACCAGCAACAACUUCACGUGCCACUACUACGAGAGCCGCUGCUGCCGCAAUGCCACAAUCUCCUUCCACAAGGGCCGCCUGCGGAGCAUCCGCACCUCUUCCAAGACUGAAUUGCGCAUUGGGGGCGAUGAUUCCCCGGUGGACGACGUCACCAAGCAGGUGCCAGGAAAGAGCAACCUGGUGGACCAUCUUAGCUGCCCUAUGUGCAACCGGCUGCGUCUGCACUCCUUCAUGCUGCCCUGCAACCACUGCCUGUGCGAGAAAUGCCUCCGGCAGCUGCAGAAGACGGCCGAGGUCACGGAGAACUUCUACAUCCUCAUCUGCCCGGUGUGCAACCGCUCUCACUGCAUGCCCUACAGCAACAAGAUGCAGCUGCCUGAGAACUACCUGCGCGGGCGCCUGACCAAGCGCUACAUGCAGGAGCACGGCUACCUCAAGUGGCGCUUCGACCGCUCCAGCGGGCCCAUCCACUGCCAGGUGUGCCGCAGCCGGCGCAUCGCGCACAAGCGCUGCGUCACCUGUCGCCUCAACCUGUGCAACGAGUGCCUCAAAACCUUCCACUCCGACGUGGCCUCGCAGGACCACGUCUUCAUGGAGACGAGCCAGGAGGACCAGGAAGAGAAGAUCUGCAUCCACCACCCCUCCAGCCACAUCACCGAGUACUGCCGCUGUGACAACCAGCUGCUCUGUCACUUCUGCAAGGCGGCCUUGCACAGCGGCCACGACACCAUCAGCCUCAUCGUCGCCUGCUCCGAGCGGGCGGCUGCGCUCUUCAGCGCCAUUGCCAAGUUCAAAGCAGUGCGAUAUGAAAUUGACAACGACCUGAUGGAAUUCAACAUUUUAAAAAACAGUUUUAAAGCCAACAAGGAGGUGAAGCGGAAGGAGAUCAGAAACGGCUUUCUCAGCCUGCGGAGCAUCCUUCAGGAGAAAGAGAAACUCAUCAUGGAGCAGAUCGAGAACCUGGAGGUGGCCAGGCAGAAAGAGAUAGAGAAGUACGUGAGAGUGACCACUUUGAAGGUGAGGGAAAUGGAUGGCCUGAUUGCCUACUCCAAGGAGGCGCUGAAGGAAACGGGCCAGGUGGCGUUCCUGCAGUCAGCCAAGCUUCUGGUGGACCAGAUUGAGGAUGGCAUCCAGAGCACCUAUCGCCCUGACCCGCAGCUUCGCCUGCACUCCUCUGACUGUUUGUCUCUGGACUUUGCUGAGCUGUCAGCUGCCAUCCAUGAUCUCUUCCCCACAAGACCCAAAAAGGUCUGCUCCUCCGGGGACUCCCUGCCAGGCCCCUACCCCGUGCACUCAGACAUGAUGAUUACCAGGAAGGUCACCUUCAGCGCUCACAGCUUAGCCAACCAGAAGCUGUGCCAGCGAAGCUCGUCCUUGUUGUCCUUCAGCACCCCCAACGAGAAGACCAAGGGGAAUCUAGAUGCCCGCGGACGAGCCCUGUCUGCCAUGCCUGCUAAACCUACAGACGGCCUGUGUACCUUCUGGAGUGCAGCCCCAGAAAGCCAGGCGCUGCAUAACGACAACAGCUUCCACAACUGGUUCUCGCUCAACGAUACCUCAGUGAAGACCCCAGGUCCAAUCGUGAUCUAUCAGACUCUCGUAUACCCAAGAGCAGUCAAGAUUUACUGGACAUGCCCAAUGGAAGACGUGGACUGCUUUGAAAUGGAGUUCUACGAAACUGUCACUCACUCUCCCGAUGACAUGCAGACAGAGCUCUGUGGACAAAUUCGGGACAUAAUGCAGCAGAAUCUGGAGCUGCACAACCUGACCCCCAACACUGAAUAUCUAUUUAAAGUUCGAGCCAUUAAUGAGAACGGGCCUGGACAAUGGAGUGACUUCUGUAAGGUGAUUACGCCCGAUGGACGUGGCAAGAACCGAGCUAAGUGGGGUCUGCUGAAGAACAUCCAGGCUGCCCUCCAAAAACACUUCUGA